UUUUCCCCCGCACAAAUAAUAAGCAAAGCACUUGUUGACCAUGACCACCAUUGUUGCUCAUCCUACCUCCGCAGCCAAUGCGACGAGGAAAGAAUCUCUGAUUAGAAGUGCCUUGAUCCACAACAAUGAAGGUGUGGCUCUAUUGGAAAGAGGCAAGCCCAAGGAGGCCGCUGCUCACUUCACUCACGCCUUGAAUCAGAUGAACCAAAGCAUGAGGAUCCCCACGGACGUGAACAGAGCUACGGACGUAUCCCCUUCCCCUUCCCCAUCCAGUCCUUACACUCUUUUCACUAUCCCCCAUCUCUCUAGUACUGAAGAUGACUGCGCCCAGUUUCUUCUCUUUGACGGAGCAAUGACCUUGGCUGCUGAGGGAAAUCAAGCUGAAGACAUCGCCUUCUACAUAGCUGCCGGUAUGCUCAACUUGGCCAUGGGAUUCCAUCAAAUGGGGGAAAUGUCAAGCUCAACACAAGAUAAGACCGGCACAAGGAGCAUCUUCCAGAAGGCCGAUCGUCUUUAUCAGGCCGUCCAGCAAGUAGUUGAGGCGGGAAUCCAGCAGCCAAACCAGCCACACACCACCACGUGCAUGUUCCGCUUUCUGUUUGUGGCAGCUCAGAACAACCGUCUAGGCAUUGCCUUGGAGAGCGGCAAUUACACCAUUGCCAACCAGUUCAAGAAGGAGAUGGAUAGCAUGCUCAAGACAAUGUUCCGUGACCAGCCCCAAGAAACAGUUUACUUGGACGAGUUCAUGCGCAACUCAUCUUUGUUGGGCAUCACUUGCAUGCUGACUUCCUUGGCGGCAGCUUGCGCUUGAGUAAUCUCUGCAAGGAGAUCCCAGCAAACACACAACCAUCUUUCAUUAAUCUUUCAGUUUUAUUCUAGUAGACUGCAUUCCUUAUAUACCC